AUGAGAAUCACACCUCUCCACCAGGAAGUACCUCUGUCGAGGACUGCAGAUGCAAGGAAGGGUAUCGGUCUUCGGGCCAGACUUGUGAAGGUAAGCUGUUCAUCCAUCCUCAAAAAAGAGAGAGAGAUCCCCAAAAUAUUAAUAUCAUGAUCAAUAAUUCUUUAAGAUAGUGGUGAAGAUUGUUUGUUUGUUUUUCAAUUUUCUUAUGAAGGUUUCCUUUCCAAACUGAUUUAUCUGACAAGGAUCCCCUUUGUAUCUCCAUAAAACCCGUGUACAUUAGGAGAAGAUUUGUGUUGGACGCACUCACAGUUCAUGUCAAGUGCUGAAGAAAAGGACACAUGGCUAGGACACACGCCUUGAAUAGGAAAGCUGCUUGGAUUGUUAUGACUGCAUAAAUGACCUUUUGACUCAUUCAUGAGAUUUGUUGUAGAAUGGUGGUGGUGCAAAUUCAUAGCGACAAUGUUUUCUUUUCUAUUUUUAAACCAGAGGUUUGGAGUGCUUUGUCAGCAAUAUGCUGACAUCUUUACUUCUCCUUUAGCUCUCCAGGUGAGGCAGUGGAAGUGCUCUUGUCUCUUUAAUGGACUGGAUGAGAGCCAACAAACUGAAGCUCAAUCCAGAGAAGACUGAAGCACUGUUAGUGGGUGGUUCCCUGGACCGGAUGGCAGGGAGGUUGCCUGCUCUUCAUGGGGUUAUGCUCUGAAGUAGUGGGCUACUUGGGGGUACUCCUGUAUCCUUUACUGUCACUUGAGCUUCCAUCAACUUCGGUUGGUGGCCCAGCUGUGCCCUUAUUAGGACAGGGACAACUACUGUUGUCUAUGCUCUGGUAACCUCUAGGUUGUUGUUGUUUAGUCAUUUAGUCGUGUCCAACUCUUCGUGACCCCAUGGACGCCAGGCACUUCUGUCUUCCACUGCCUCCCACAGUUUAGUCAAACUCAUGCUGGUAGCUUCGAGAACACUAUCCAACCAUCUCGUCCUCUGUCAUCCCCUUCUCCUUGUGCCCUCCAUCUUUCCCAACAUCAGGGUCUUUUCCAGGGAGUCUUGUCUUCUCAUGAGGUGGCCAAAGUAUUGAAGUCUCAGCUUCUGGAUCUGUCCUUCCAGUGAGCACUAAGGGCUGAUUUCCUUCAGAAUGGACAUGUUUGAUCUCCUUGCAGUCCAUGGGACUCUCAAGAGUCUCCUCCAGCACCAUAAUUCUAAAGCAUCAAUUCUUCGGCGAUCAGCCUUCUUUAUGGUCCAGCUCUCACUUCCAUACAUCACUACUGGGAAAACCAUAGCUUUAACUAUAUGGACCUUUAUUGGCAAGGUGAUGUCUCUAACCUCUAGGUUAGAUUAUUGCAAUGCAUUAUACGUGAGGCUGCCCCUGAAGACGGCUUGGAAACUUCAGCUAGUACAGAAUUCAGAGACCAGCUUUUUCACCAAGGCUAGACGGUUUGAGCACGUCACACCAGUCCUGGCCCAACUGUAGUGGCUGCCAAUAGGUUUCUGGGCCCAAUUCAAAGUGCUGAUUUUGACCUAGAAAGCCAUAUGCACAUAUGUGUUGUGGAAGAGGGGAUUAUUGGUUUGUUUCUGUUCUUAUUUGUAUUGUGUAUUUUGAGGUUUUUUAUAUUUUAAUUUUAUGUUGCGAACCACCGUGAGAUCUACGGGUAUAGAGCAGUAUCCAAAAUUAAUAAAUAAAUAAAUCCUGCUUAGGAAUCGCACGAAACGGUAACCAUUAAGGCUGUAAUCCUAUACAUGUUUACCUGGGUGAAGCCCUGUGGAGCACAGUGGGGCUUACUUCUGAAUAGACAUGUAUAGGACUGUGCUGUAAGGGUGGGGCUGUGGUCUAAACCACUGAGCCUCUUGGGCUUGCCGAUCAGAAGGUCGGUGGUUUGAAUCCCCACAACGGGGUGAGUUCCCAUUGCUCGGUCCCAGCUCCUGCCAACCUAGCAGUUUGAAAGCACGCCAGCGCAAGUAGAUAAAUAGGUACUGCUAUGGCGGGAAGGUAAACAGCAUUUCUGUGCGCUCUGGUUUCCAUCACGGUAUCCCGUUGCACCAGCAGCUGUUUAGUCCUGCUGGCCACAUGACCUGGAAAGCCAUCCAUGGACAAAUGCCGGCUCCCUCGGCCUGAAAGUGAGAUGAGCGCCACAACCCCAUAGUCACCUUUGACUGGCUUUAACUGCCCAGAGGUCCUUUACCUUUUACCUUUAUGAUUUUGCUGUAACCAGUUUGUAAUUAUUAUUUGCUCCAAUUAGUGGUUCACUGCCCUGAACUUCACCCUCCUGAAAAUGGCUAUUUUAUCCAGAACACCUGCAACAAUUAUUUCAAUGCUGCAUGUGGAAUCCGAUGUAAAACAGGAUUUGACCUGGUGGGAAGUAGCAUACGACUUUGUCAGCCCAAUGGCCUAUGGUCUGGUUCAGAAACAACAUGCAGAGGUAAGAAGCCUUUACUUUUGAAAAAGAAUUGUUGCCUUUCUCUUGUUAGCUUGGUUUUGUUGUUAUUCUCUGCCAAUCUUCCAUGAUAUGGGUCCCAGGCAACCCAGUCAGAUGGGCAGGGUACAAAUAAUAAAUUAUUAUUAUUAUUAUUAUUAUUAUUAUUAUUAGUCGUCUUCUUCUUCUUCUUCUUCUUCUUCUUCUUCUUCUUCUUAUUAUUAUUAUUAUUAAAGGGUAGUAUUCAAUGAAAAUUUACUCAGAAUAGAAAUUAAUAUACCUGAAGGAGCGUCUCCACCCCCAUCCCUCAGCUCGGACACUGAGGUCCAGCUCCGAGGGCCUUUUGGCAGUUCCCUCACUGCGAGAAGGCAAGUUACAGGGAAUCAGGCAGAGGGCCUUCUUGGUAGUGGUGCCUGUCCUGUGGAACACCCUCCCUUCGGAUGUCAAGAAAAUAAACAACUAUCUGACUUUUAGAAGACAUCUGAAGGCAGCCCUGUACAGGGAAGUGUUUAAUGUUUGAUGUCUUACUGUGUUUUUAGUAUUCUGUUGUGAACUGCCCAGAGUGGCUGGGGAAACCCAGCCAGAUGGGCAGGGUAUGAAGAAGAAGAAGAAGAAGAAGAAGAAGAAGAAGAAGAAGAAGAAGAAGAAGAAGAAGAAAUAAUUAGGUCCCUUCAUUUCAGUGUGUCUGCUCUGAGUAGAUUUAGUUGCAUACUAUCCACAAAAGGGUUUUUUUAUGUUACUGUCACGCUCAUUCUUUGGGAUGUUUUCCAAAUGCCAAACUUUUUUCUUUGAUUCAAUCUGUAAAUGCUUUGAGAAUCAUGUUGCAUUGUCUCCCCCAAGCAAAUAUGCAUGUACAGCAAUAUCCAAAACCUGCAUGUAAGCAUCAUGUAAUAACAGAAAAUAGGAAUCAGCCAAUACUUCAAUACUUAGCUGACUGAUCUGUUGGGGCAGCCGUUGCUUUUCAUUUCCAUGUGUACUACCUGAUGGCUGAAGCUCAUAUUCUCUGCUUAUUCACUUGAGAGGCUGGUUAUUUGGCUAUUUGUGCAGGGUUUCCCAAACUUGGGUCUCCACCUGUAUUUUUAGACUACAGUUCCCAUCAUCCCUGACCAUUGGUCCUGCUAGCUAGGGAUGAUGGGAGUUGUAGUCCAAAAACAGCUGGAGACCAAGUCAAUUGGUAAGGAUUUCACUUUUAUUUUUAUUUUUAAUUAUUUUUUAGGGAAGUAUUGGCUUUGGAUAGCAAAUGGAGCCUUGUACUAUUAUCUUCAUUUUCUGUUAGUUUUCUUUGAAUGUCUGAAAGAUAACUCUUUUGACUAAUUUCUGUUCGGUUCCCUUCAAAGGCACAUGGCUCUUAGGUGAGCAGUGUUCAACUUAAGCAUGUGCUCUGAGUACUAUUCUCCAUUCAUAUACUGAUAAGGCAUGUGGUAAGCAAAGGAGUGAUCAAAGGAGCAGUUUCAUGAGCCAUCACGUUAAUCCCAACACAAACCGCCCUCCCAGCUUUUUAUCACAUGCCUUUGAAAGGACAGCAGAAGGAUGCUAAUGCCGUCGUAGGCUAUGUUAACUUGCGGCAUUAAACAUUCAUCCUUUUGCUUUGCUUAGCCAAAAUAUGUCACUAGUGUGACAAGCAGUGCUUAGACAUAUUAGCACAUGUGUAAAUUACACAGCAAUAGCGUAAAAGUAAAGAGCAGGAAAGAGCAAUUACGGUGAAGUUCGGUAUUGAUUGAUGUUUUACACCUGAUCUUUUCUUGCCAUCACAGGAGUUUUGUGGCAAAACAACAAUUUCAAGCGGAUUUUGAAAAGUCACCUUGUAAAAAACAAAUACCCACAAGGCGCAUUGAUUCAGGGGCAGUUUUUCAAAAUAAUAAUAUUUGCCUUUCAGGUGGAAAUGCUACCUAAGUCUGUCAGUUUUACUAUGUCUGUUCACUGAAUUUGCAGCAAUGUCAGGGGAAGUCCUAGUUUCACAGUGGCCUGCUUUAAUGUCAGUGUCUGAGAGCACAGGUCCCCAGAGUGGAGCUCACAGUUGUUUUGCUUCUCUUCCUAGUCAUUUUGCUCCUUUGGUGUACAGAGAUAAGCUUAUAGUAACUCUCGUGUCCCAACAGUGGCUCGUGGUUUUGCUUUCUUCUGACUAACCAUGAGCUGUAACCAGGUUCCUACAGUUUAAGGCUUGCAGUUUCGCAGCUACACCUGGUGCCGUUUCGCAGCUACACUAGAAGUCCAGGUUUGGACAACAGGCUAAUCCAAGUGCCUGAUAGAGUAGCAGAAAUGGGAUGAGCAAGGUAGCUACAAUCUCCUCUCCCAGAGCUUCAUGGUUUGGCCUAGAAUGAAAUGUGAAUGCAAAAUUAGAUUCCUGGGCAUGUGCUCAUGCAUGCACAUUUAAGUGCCUAUGUUUUUGGAGAGAAGGAAGGAAGGAGCAGGAAAACUGAAGGGUGUGCCUGAAUUAGAUCUCAUUCCAUUUCUGCAUUCACGAGGGCUGAGAUAAGCUGUUUGUUCUGAUUUUGGCUGUGCUGCAUUGAUCUGUGAGGAAAACCUCCAAUGCUAGUACAAAUGCACUGCAAGUAAUUAAAAUAAACUUUAAAAAAUCCAAUGUGGCUAUAGUAAACGAACUACAGACAAGGACUCCUGUAUAAAGAACAUGGAAAAGAUGUUCUCCCACUUAAUCUCCAUCCCACUUGUGUUCUGGUAAGGAGAUCCUUUUCUGUGCAGUGAGCCGGAAUAUUCCAAGAACUAAUUCGGCAAAGUGUGAGAUUAAUCGGGAUUCAGAUAUUUGGCAUCUAAUCUUAAUAACGAUAGAUGAAAUUGCCACAGACUCUUGGCUUUCCUGCUGGAGAAGAAACAACAGGCAAGAGAUAAUACUUAACAUCCAACAGAUUACAAAAGUCUGUGCCUGGGUAUUGUUCCACAGGGUUUUAUAAAGGCCUUAAAAUUGCCCUGGGAGAUGUUGGAGGCGGGAGGAAUCUCAUGAUGAGCCUUAAUUCUUCCACAGAUAUUUUUUUUUAUCCUUGGCACCAAAGCUCUAAAGAAUCCUAGAUGCUUUUCCUCUUUCUUAUGAAGAGGUUAUCCAGAAAUAAGCAAACCUGCCAAAUUAAACAUAGCUGCAAUAAAAAAUUGCAUAACAUGCUUCCAGGGGCCAAGCUUCUUAAAAUAUAUUUAAUCCCUUUUUUAAAACUUUUUUUUUUAGUAUGCAGUUUCAUGGAGGGGGGGCAAGUUGGAGAAAGACAGCAUUCUGGAACCGAACAACUUGACAUUCCCUGUGCACAGAUGUUAGAUGGAUGUUUGGUUUGCCACUUUGUAUUCUAUUCUGUUCCUCAAUUGUUUAAAAGGUCUGUUAGCAAAUCUUCCUGUAAUAUUCUCCCUGAAUGAGGAAAGCUGCUGCUGCUGUUGCUGGGGCCACAUCUUGUCGCUGGCAGACACGCAACUGUAUUUUUGUACAGUUGACUUAACACGACUGAUACCUCAGAGGAUAUUAUCUGCUGAUUAGCUGUCAAAAGGUGUAUAUUUCUCUGGAUAAAUUCAUUUCUGUGCUUGUGCUAGUCUCAGUUCCUAUUUGAUGAUCGCUUUAAUGAAACAAAUAAAUAAAGGAUGCCAAACAGUCUAGAAAAAGAGGUGCCGGAACUCACCAUGAACACCUCCCUCGUUCUCUUUAGAAUGUCAAGGGCACCCAUCUGAGAGGUGCUGGAACUGAGUUCCAGGGGUUUUUUUGGGGGGGGUAGCCACAAUGCCAAAUAUUCCUAGCUGUAGAAUUUUAUAAAAGGAAUUUCCUCAAGAGGAUCUGUUCAGACAUUACUUGGCCCCAGGGAUCAGUGGCGGUGGGUGGCGCUGUGGGUUAAACCACAGAGCCUAGGGCUUGCCGGUCAGAAGGUCAGCGGUUCGAAUCCCUGUGAUGGAGUGAGCUCCCGUUGUUCGGUCCCAGCUCCUGCCCACCUGGCAGUUCAAAAGCACGUCAAAGUGCAGGUAGAUAAAUAGGUACCGCUCCGGCGGGAAGGUAGACAGCAUUUCCAUGUGCUGCUCUGCUUUGCCAGAAGCAGUUUAGUCAUGCUGGCCACUUGACCUGGAAGCUGUACGCCGGCUCCCUCGGCCAAUAAAGCGAGAUGAGCGCCACAACCCCAGAGUCGGCCACGACUAGACCUAAUGGUCAGGGGUCCCUUUACUUUUACGUUUAGCCCCUUUCACCCCCUGAAGCAAAACAGGAAUGUGCCACUGCAUGCCCCCCACCCCCAAUUCUGCUGCCACCAGAACACACAAACCCUUACCAAACUUUGCAAGAGAAGGGGUGUUCUGCUAAGCGUUUGGACUCACCUUCCCUGCUCUAGGGCCAGGAAGACAAGCACCAAUGCAACAUACUGGAACACCUCUCCUUUCCCCCAAAUCCAGCGGAAGGCAGGUGUUAACCAGCAGCAGAAGCUAUGGGGUGGCCAGGACACCACCUCUUGUGUUAUUUCCACUGCCUUGCGGUGGGUGCUUUGUUCUACCUCGUCUCUGGGCUGGUUCUGCUAGAGAUUCUGGCCGGAAUGAGGUAUAAUAACAACAACAACAACAACAACAACAACAACAACAAUAACAAUAAUAACAAUAAUAAUAAUUUAUUAUUUAUACCCUGCCCAUCUGGCUGAGUUUCCCCAGCCACUCCGGGUGGCUUCCAAUCAAAUGUUAAAAACAAUACAGCAUUAAAUAUUAAAAACUUCCCUAAACAGGGCUGCCUUCAGAUGUCUUUUAAAGAGAAGAUAGCUGCUUAUUUCCUUGACAUCUGAAGGGAGGGUGUUCCACAGGGUGGGUGCCAGUACCGAGAAGGCCCUCUGCCUGGUUCCCUGUAACCUCACUUCUUGCAAUGAGGGAACCGCCAGAAGGCCCUCGGUGCUGGAUCUCAGUGUCCAGGCUGAAUGAUGGGGGUGGUGACGCUUCUUCAGGUAUACAGGACCGAGGCUGUUUAGGCCUUAAAGGUCAGCACCAACACUUUGAAUUGUGCUCGGAAACGUACUGGUAGGAAACAGGUUCUGAAUGCUCCAGACGGCUCAUGUAAAUGACCCAAGGUUACAAGCCAAUUGGACUUAUCAGAAAGUUGCCUCUGUCCUCAGUCAAGCCCCAAGACUUGUUCGCUGAGGCAUCUCAAGGAAAUAUUAUUUGGUUUAGCUACCUGCAUUUGCUAUUUGUGACAACCCUGAAUGCCUAUUUGAUGAGCCAGGUCUCUAGAUACUGUUGUAUAUGCAUUUUCUGAUCUUUAAAAUGCACAGAAUUCAACAGCCCAAACCUGAACACACUUUUCAGCAUCUUGGCCCCUUCUGUUGCCAGUGGUUUCAUUGCCAGAGAGUGCAGUAAUGAUUACCAAGAAAGAGAUGGAAAGUUGUGUGCAUGUCUUACUCAACUGCUUCCCAGUAAAAGUGUUGAUGUACUUGACUUUGUUUUAACCUCUGCAGUUCGCACAUGCCCCAAACUCUUCGCCCCUCAAAAUGGGCACAUUAACUGCUCGCUAAGUGGGAUCUCGUAUAAGACAGUGUGCCUGAUGACCUGCGAUGAGGGGUACGAAUUGGAAGGUAGCUCCAAACUCACCUGUCAAAGCAACUCGCAGUGGGAUGGCAAGGAGCCAAAGUGUGUGGGUAUGUUUUCAUUAUGCUACUGUCCCUUUGGAACACAACUCAAAACCAGGAUUUAUUACUUUAAGCAACAAAAUGCUGAUGGCAAAACUAAAACUUCCAGCAAUUGCAACAACUACCAAAACUUCUUUCCAAGGAAAGCAAAACAUAAACGCAUACGUAUCUUUUUGGAGGCACGCUCCAUUGUUUCUCAAGCGACGGGUGCCAACAAUGAAGUUCGUUCACAGUUUUAAUACACUGUAUCAUGCACCGUAUUUUUUGCUCUAUAAGACGCACCAGACCAUAAGACGCACCUAGUUUUUGGAGGAGGAAAACAAGAAAAAAAAAAUUCUGAAUCCCAGAAGGCAGAAGAGCAAGAGGGAUCGCUGCGGAGCGAAAGCAGCAAUCCCUCUUGCUGUUCUGGCUUAUGGGAUAGCUGUGCAGCCUGCAUUCGCUCCAAAAGACGCACACACAUUUCCCCUUACUUUUUAGGAGGGAAAAAGUGAGUCUUAUAGAGCAAAAAAUAUGGUAACUUGUUACACUGCUUCCAUUCCUGGGUAAGGUGAUUGAGAGAGCGGUUGCUGAACAGCUUGGUAGGUUUCUGGAUGCAACAUUGGCUCUGGAUCCAUUCCAGUCCGGCUUCCGCGCUGGUCAUGGGACCGAGACGGCUCUGGUCGCCCUAACAGAUGAUCUCCGCAGGCAGCUGGAUCGAAGCGGGUCGGGGCUGCUGAUUCUUCUAGACCUGUCAGCAGCCUUCGACAUGGUCGAUCACGAACUCCUGGACCACCACCUUGCCGAUGUGGGGAUCCAGGGCACAGUCCUUCAAUGGCUGCGCUCGUUUCUCUCUGGUCGGGGACAGAGGGUGGCGCUUGGGGGGGAAUUGUCAUCGCGCCACUCCUUGGUGUGUGGAGUGCCCCAGGGUGCGAUACUCUCCCUGAUGCUUUUUAACAUCUUUAUGCGCCCCCUCGCCCAGCUUGUCCGGAGUUUUGGGCUGGGCUGCCAUCAGUAUGCUGAUGACACCCAACUCUAUCUGUUGAUGGAUGGCCAUCCUGACUCGGCCCCAGACACACUGAUCAGAUGCUUGGAAGCUGUGGCUGGAUGGUUACGUGGGAGCCGGUUGAAGUUAAAUCUUUCGAAGACAGAGGUCCUCUGGCUGGGAUGGGACGAUAUGGGAUUGAGGGGGCAACUCCCAUCUCUUGCGGGGGUGCAAUUAGUGCCAGCACCGUCCGUUAAGAGUUUGGGUGUAAUCUUCGAUACCAACCUCUCCAUGGAGGCGCAGAUUGCAGCUAUAACAAAGGCGGCAUUUUUUCAUCUCCGCCAAGCUAAGCAGUUGGCUCCUUACCUCUCUCGCCCUGACCUAGCCACUGUGAUCCACGCGACGGUCACCUCCAGACUGGAUUAUUGUAACUCGCUCUACGUGGGGCUGCCCUUGAGACUGACCCAGAAACUCCAGCGGGUGCAGAAUGCCACGGCAAGACUCCUUACGGGGUCUUCGCUGCGAGAUCACAUUCAUCCGGUGCUAUACCAGCUGCACUGGCUCCCAGUGGAGUACAGGAUCAGGUUUAAGGUGCUGGUUUUAACCUUCAAAGCCCUAUACGGCCUAGGACCCUCGUACCUACGGGACCGCCUCUCCUGGUAUGCCCCACAGAGGAACUUACGGUCUUCAAAUAAAAACAUCUUGAAGGUCCCAGGCCACAGAGAAGUUAGGCUGGCCUCAACUAGAGCCAGGGCUUUUUCGGCUGCGGCUCCAACCUGGUGGAACGCUCUGUCACAAGAGACCAGGGCCCUGCAGGACUUGACAUCUUUCCGCAGGGCCUGCAAGACAGAGCUGUUCCACCAGGCCUUUGGUCAGGGCGCAGCCUGACUCCCUCCUUUGGCAAUCUUUACAAAACUUUAGUUUAUGGUUGCCAUCAAUUUUGAUUUUAAUUAAUUUUUAUAAUAUUUUUAUAAUGUUGCACUAUUUUAGUGUUGUUAGCCGCCCUGAGCCCAGCUUCGGCUGGGGAGGGCGGGAUAUAAAUAAAAUUUAUCAUCAUUAUUAUUAUUAUUAUUAUUAUUAUUAUUAUUAUUAGUUGUCUCCAACAACCAUUUUCUAAAAAGAAACAUACACUAGUGGCCAAAACAGCCAGUAUGUUUUUCAAGUUUCUGUCUGCAUUCCCACACUUGCCCACCUACACUAGUGGCCAAAAUUGUGGAAACAUUUUGGGAAAAGUGUAUUUCUGAGGUUUGAUGGCUCAUAACAUUUGAUUGGCUCUCUAAACACUCAUGCUCACUGGUUACAUUCAAAUGGCUACAUAUCACCAUAUCAAAUGGCUACAUAUCACCCUAAGGAAGUUGUGCUUCCUUUUGCUGGUUAUUUGUCUAUAACUUUUGAUAACCAAUAACAAACUUUGUUGCAUUACAUUCUUCAUUAAUUUAUCUUCCCACUGUUAUAUAAUUUUAUGGUAUUACUCCAAAAUAAAAGUGGUGUUAUGAGCCAUCAGACCUCAGAAAUACACUUUUCCCCAAAUUUCCCAAUUUUGGCCACUAGUGUAGGUGGGCAAGUGUGGGAAUGCAGACAGAAACUUGAAAAACAUACUGGCUGUUUACAUGUUAUAAAGGCUAAGGAACUGUAACAAGUUAAUAUGAAUUCUUGAAAUUCAAAUUAAAGUUUUGUAUACUCUCCAAUCAACAAGUUCAGAAUUUCACAAGAAUUCUACACCCUAGUAUUAGUGAAAAGUGUGAUAUGUAAUAAAUUCAGACCGUAUGUCUAAACUAUAUUGAGAUUUAGACCUUCGGGCAUUUGGCUCACUUUCAUUGUAUCCUUAGCACGAAACAAACUGAACACCAUUGAUGCAAUGUAGGAAUAAAUACAGGGUCCUGAACAACACAGUGCCUCUCAUUCCUUCUGUUGUUUCUGGCACAAGUCUGGCAUUGCUGAACUUCAGACUUAUCUGCUGAACUUGCCAGGUCCCGUGAUGUUGUAUUCAGGCACUUAGCCACACUUGCAGACACUUUUUUCAACUAAUCAGCACAUGGGAAGAUGUGUCAAAGUGUGUGUGCAUUCAGCACAAAGAAACACUUAAUGCUAUUAGUUGAUACCUGCCUAGCCCCACCCUCUGGCCCUAGGAGUCUUUGUAAGGGAGCUGGUCCUGAAGGAAUAACUGUGAGGGGAGAGACUUUGUCAGGCAAGGCCUCCUUCCACCAGCCUUGCCCCCCCCCCAGUCUCCUCUUCUCAAUUUCUAUUGUAUUACCGUAUUUUUCACUCUAUAAGACACACCAGACCACAAGACGCACCUAGUUUUUGGAGGAGGAAAACACGAAAACAAAUAUUCUGAAUCUCAGAAGCCAGAACAGCAACAGGGAUCGCUGCACAGUGAAAGCAGCAAUCCCUCUUGCUGUUCUGGCUUCUGGGAUAGCUGCGCAGCCUGCAUUCGCUCCAUAAGACACACACACAUUUCCCCUUACAUUUUAGGAGGGGAAAAGUGAGUCUUAUAGAGCAAAAAAUACGGUAUUUUAUGUACUGUGGCUUGCCAUUGUUUAAGUGAUUAUAGUUUAGAAAUUAUUUAUUGUAACUGUUGAGUGGGUUUCUGGUUAACUUUUAUAUGUUGAUAUUAUUAUUAUUUAAUACUAUUCUAAUGAGGAAUGUUACUUUUUUGAUGUAGGUUGCUUAUUUUAUUAUCACAUUUUUGUAGUGCGUUAGAUUGUUAUAAGAUGUACACUUUUUGUUUCUUCAGCUUGUAAACCGCCUUGAGUGUUGUAAGAUAGAAAGAUGGUAUACAGAUUAAAAGUGAUGAUGAUGAUGAUAGAAUAUCAAAUGUGCAAUCUGUUUUUGUCCAUGUGUUUCCUUUGUCUAGAACUGCAUUGCCCCGUCUUCCAAAAACCAAAAGAUGUGACAGUCCACCCAUACCUCUGUGGGCUCGAACCAUCCAAGCAUGGCACUGUGUGCAGAUUCAGUUGUCCCAGUGGAUUCCUUUUGUCUGGGGUUAGAGAAGAACUGCAGUGCUUAACCAGUGGGAGGUGGAGUGGAAAUGUGCAGAAGGCAUUUUGUAAAGGUAUGGAUUUUUUUAAUAUAUAAUCUUUUUUAUGGAGUUUUACAUUACAUAUUUAUAUUCAAACAUUAGACAUAAUCAUCAUCAUCCUUUAGGAUUCCCUGAAUCCUUAGACUCCCCUAACCCUUAAAAAAAAUUUCAACUCAUUAUAUAUCAUCUUCCAGAAUGCUUUUGUUAUCUUGCAUGUCCACCACGUAUGGUAGAAUAUGCCUUCCUUCUCCUUACAUUUCCAACAUACAUUUGAAACAGUUCUGUACAUCUUUGCUAAUUUGACAUGUGUUAAAUACCAAUGAUAAAAGGGACAUGGGUGGCGCUGUGGUCUAAACCACAGAGCCUAGGGCUUGCCAAUCAGAAGAUUGGUGGUUCAAAUCCCCGCGACGGGGUGAGCUCCCAUUGCUCGGUCCCUGCGCCUGCCAACCUAGCAGUUCGAAAGCACGUCAAAGUGCAGGUAGAUAAAUAGGUACCACUCCAACAGGAAGGUAAACGGUGCUGCUUUGGUUCACCAGAAGUGGCUUAGUCAUGCUGGCCACAUGACCUGGAAGCUGUACGCCGGCUCCCUCGGCCAGUAAAGCGAGAUGAGCGCCACAACGGUCAGGGAUCCCUUUACCUAAAUGCCAACGAUACAUCAUUUUCAUAUAGUUCUCCUUCAACACACAGCGUGCUGUCAAUUUUAAGUUCUCCCCUCCAUAACUUUUCCCAAGAUGAAAAUUCGAUAUUGCAAAGGUAUGGGUUUUGAUGAAUAUUUCAUCUUGUUAAAAAUAGAAGACUUGUGGGGAAAGAUGGGCAUUUGAGCCCUGGUGCCCCAGGUCCUAGUCCAAUGUGCUGAGUACUACACCACAAUGUCUUCUCUCUUUUUUUAAUGCUCAGCAGCUGACUGCCUCUGCGCAGAAUCUGGCUCCUUGCUCAUUUGUUAUUUUCUGUCUUGAAAAUCUAAGAUUCAAGUCCUGUAACCGUUUCUGUGGAUUUUGUUUAUAAAAAAUCUGUUGAUUACAUUGAAGAUAGCAUUUGAUAACUAAACUUUGACAUUGGUGGGCUCUUAUAAACAGAUAUCAAUUAAGUUUUGUCAGCAGUGUGUUCCCAAAGUAAAUGCAUGCAAAAUGAAGGGUUGCUGUAACCCUUCUGAAUUUUAUUGCUAUUGUCAAAUAAUGAUUGAUUACUUAACAAAUAGUAAAGGAAGAUUUUAACUCAUCUAUCGGGGUGGGGGAAUGAGUUAUAUGUGUAUACAUACUGUUUCAUUAAAAUCAAAUGUUUGGAAUGGAAAUCAGUAACCUCUGUUCAGGUUCAUAACUGUGGAAUGUGGGUAGUUUUUCAAAUCAACACAUAAGGGAUCUAAAUUUCAGGUGGAUGCAGUUGUUUUAGACAGCAAGGAACUGUACAAUUGAAAUACACCAUUCUUCUUGAAAUACACAUGUUCAGAACGUGUUCUUUUCUGGUACAGACUUUGAACCACCCAAAAUUAGCUGCCCUGGUGACAUUGAAACUUCUACUCUUGAACACCAGAACUCUGCAAAUAUUAGCUGGCAAGUUCCUGAGGCAAGCGACAAUUCUAGAGAUGAGGUAAGGAAAAGCCAGGGCUUUUUGAUUCGACAUAAACUCAUUUGUAGGGCCAAGUAAUUUGUCAUGAAUUAAUGAGAUUAUGGGGGCGUGAAGUGCCUUAAACCCUCAAAUCCCAUGUAAAAGUGCAAAAUACUGUUAACUGGCCUAGACUCUUUCAGGGUCUAGCACAUGUGCUCCUGCUUCACCUCCCCAACGGUGUGAGUGACACAGUCUGAUGGCAUGUCCUGGGUAGUGAGAGCCAGCUGUCCUGGGGAAAACUUUAGAGCAGCAUUUCUGAAACUCUGGGUCUCCAGCUGUUGUUGGACUAUGUUGUAAGAGGGUCAGAGAGGGGAAUAAAGGAAAAUGACCCUACUAAUAUCAGAAUUAUAUCAUUAAAUCAAAAAGCCCCACAAGAAUAAUAAACUGUGCCUUGAAGAAUGCAUCAUUGGGAAUAUGUCAUUUUGCUGUGUCUUUUCAUGUACAGUGGUACCUCAGGUUACAUACGCUUCAGGUUACAUAUGCUUCAGGUUACAUACGCUUCAGGUUACAUACUCCGCUAACCCAGAAAUAGUGCUUCAGGUUAAGAACUUUGCUUCAGGUUGAGAACAAAAAUCAUGCUUCGGCAGCGCGGCAGCAGCAGGAGGCCCCAUUAGCUAAAGUGGUGCUUUUUUUUCCAGGUUAAGUACGGACCUCUGGAACGAAGUAAGUACUUAAUCCGAGGUACCACUGUAUCAUUGAAUGUGAUUUAAUGUGCCUUUUGCUAUGUCUGUCUCACUGAAAUGAGUGUGAAUACAGUGGUACCUCGGGUUAAGUACUUAAUUCGUUCCGGAGGUCUGUUCUUAACCUGAAGCACCACUUUAGCUAAUGCGGCCUUCUGCUGCUGCUGCGCCGCCAGAGCACAAUUUCUGUUCUCAUCUUGAAGCAAAGUUCUUAAUCCGAGGUAAUGUUUUUGGAUUAGCGGAGCCUGUAACCUGAAGUGUAUGUAACCUGAAGCGUAUGUAACCCGAGGUACCACUUUAUAUGCUUGCUGAGGUGCCCUUACUGAGAUGUAUCUGGUUCUCCACAAAGUGUAUCUCUUUUAAAAUGUAUUUUCCUUACAAAAUGUAUUUGUGAAUGUAUCUUUACUGAAAUGUUUUUACUGAAAUAUUGUAUUAUGCUGUACUUUUCUGAAUGUAUCCAAAAUGUAGUUUUGAAGAAUGUACCAAUCAAAGUAUUUCAAAAUGUAUGGUACUUGACUCAAUUGGAAUCCAAAAGGCUGCCAAAAACACUCUCCACCACACUGCCAUCUAAUGAGUCUGCAAAUAAUGCCACGAAUACACACAAAUACCGGCUCAAAAUAAAGUGCCGUAUUUUUUGCUUUGUAAGACUCACUUUUUCCCUCCUAAAAAGUAAGGGGAAAUGUGUGUGCGUCUUAUGGAGUGAACGCAGGCUGCGCAGCUAUCCCAGAAGCCAGAGCAGCAAGAGGGAUUGCUGCUUUCACUGCGCAGUGAUCCCUCUUGCUGUUCUGGCUUCUGAGAUUCAGAAUUAUUAUUUUUUUUGCUUUCCUCCUCCAAAAACUAGGUGCGUCUUGUGGUCUGGUGCGUCUUAUAGAGCGAAAAAUACAGUAGUUUUAUUUUCCAAUAAGUAUGCAAACCUCAGACUAUCACACCCAGAUUUAUUACAACUCCCAUCAUCCCUGACCACUGGUCCUGCUAGCUGGGGAUGAUGGGAGUUGUAGUCCAAAAACAGCUGGAGACCCAAGUUUGGAAAACACAGCUUUAGAGGGGGGGGAAACUACUAGAUGGUUCAACUAGUCUGUUGCCUUUAUGACCAUUUUGUACAUCAAGAGCAUUACGGACACAUACCACUUUCUCCUCUGGCUUUGUUGAGCUGAUUAUUAAUUGACUAACUCCUUUUAGCGGGCUACUUAACCAGUACAUCAACAGAGGAAGGGCACUGAUUAGAGAACAUCUGAAUAUGUUCACUUUUAUUGUGGAAGGAGGAAUGAUUUCUUCAUUGUCUAUGACUUCUGCACAAGAAAAUAACCGUAGGGAUUUGCUUCACCAUUCUACAAAGGUUUUCUUUUCCCCAUGUGCAGCAGAGUCGCAUGCAGGCUUCAUGAAUGAAGUGCAUAGCAGCAGAUCUUGUCUUCUUAUCUAUGCACAGCAAAAUCUUAGUCACAUGCGUGAAGGAGUUGAAUAAAGAGCAGUUGGGAUCAAGGCUCAAGCUUCACACAGCAUUGCCUUUUUUUUACAGACAGUAGCUGCGCAGUUUGCAGACUCCAGUGGAAGUCUAGUGUGGGAAGUCUAGUCAUUCCACAUCUGCCCCUAGGCUGCUUCGGGCCCCGCAGCUCUAAGAAACCCAUGCCCUCGUCUCUCCUGAUAGAAUAUUUGAAGUCCCAGGCACCACUAAAAAGUUUGUUCCCACCACAGGUGUCGAUUCAGGUGACUCCUGCUUUUAUUCCACCUUACCUUUUCCCAAUUGGAGAAGUUGAUAUCACCUAUACGGCAGUGGACAGAACUGGGAACCAGGCAAGCUGCACUUUCAGCAUCAAAGUUAUUGGUGAGUGCUAUAGAAAAAUUAUACACAUUUCUGUGUAUCUAGUACGUUUCUGAGCACAAUUCAAAGUGUUGGUGCUGACCUUUAAAGCCCUAAAUGGCCUUGGCCCACUAUACCUGAAGGAGCAUCUCCACCCCCAUCAUUCUGCCUGGACACUGAGGUCCAGCGCCGAGGGCCUUCUGGUGGUUCCCUCGCUGCGAGAAGGCAAUAAGUGUAUAGAUCAAACUUUAAGAUAAGCUACCUCAGAGAGAUGACCUAGAAUCACUCAUGGAACCAAGUUUGGGGAUUUUCUUAACAAACUAGUUUGGGUCGGGGGAUGGUCUGCACCUACAGAUCUGUACACAGAAUCUGGCAAUCAUCCGGGUCAUCUUAUGAUCUAUGCCUAACAGGAAAAGGUCGAAUUUUUGCUUUUCUGGGAGGUCAGCGAGCCUCACCAGUAGGGGAUCGAUGGUCUCACUACGUGCCUCUUCAUAAAAGGGACAUCUAAAGAACAAGUGCUCUGGGCUUCCUAUCUCCCCCAAUGAACAGGCGCAAAGUCUCUGAGCAUAUGGGACUUUUUAAAAGGACCCUUCCAGGACUAGCGAGGGCAGAGCCGAGCUUCUAGCGAGCACUCUUUAGAUCUUGUGUGGAGUGGGAAAAUGUGUUCCAUCUCUCCAGCACUGGGCUUACAUGCCCAGCCUUCCCUUUAACAAAGGAGCUCAGAGCGGCUUGGUAAUACCACUGGAAAGCAAGCGUUUCUCCUCUGAUGUAGGGCAUCCCCCUCCUCUUCGCCGGGCAUCAUUGGCCUGAUGUAAGGAGUUCUUGUGGCUCAGUUGGUAGGAUUUUGUGCAUAAGGCCUUGUGAGAUUGCAGCGAGAAAUAGGUGUGGAUGCGGUCUCAUGGCUCGGUUGAGAGCCCCAGUCGUUUGAUAUGGAAAAGGAAUCUGGAAGUGGUCUGUCUGCUUAUGUUUGCAGAGAAAGCCCAAUACUCCAUUGCUAUUAAAGCCCUCUUCUGAUUCUUAUCAGGCAAAUAGUCUUAUUAAACACACAUGUCUGAAGUUGAAAGCUCGCAUCAGUGAACUUCUGCCCCCCAUUAAUUUCGUGGCAGCUUCUUGCCAGUAGAAAAACCCAGCCAUGGUCUGCUCAGUAUCUGGCAGCGGAAAGCCAGUGGGGAACAGCUAAACGUCUACUUUAAUGGAGUUUCAGUGACAGCUCUUCAAAUGCAUUUAUUGUGGCCUUAAACAUGAUGUAUCCAUGCUGCAUUUAUUGAUACAAAGUUAUUUAUGUUUCCUGUUCUAAUGACUCAUGUAGUCCACAGGGAGCUCUUAUCUUAAACUUGCAUGGCAUCUCUGGGCUGGACUUGACGUUCUUGUUUAAUUUUUUUCUUUCUUUCUGCUCCCUUGUGAUCAAAUUUCCUUUUCUGCCUUUAAAUUAUUUAGACAACGAACCCCCAGUAAUUGAUAAGUGCAGAUCCCCACCACCAAUUCAGGGGGCUGAGAAGGAGUACAGAGUAACAUGGGAUGAACCACAGUUUUCAGAUAACUCAGGUAAGCUACUAUGAUUUGGGGGGGGGGGAGGGAGAUCUCUAUUAAAAAAGAGAGAGUGAAAAUGCCUCAAAUAAAUCAUUUUGCAGACUUGUGUGAUGGGGUGGGCUAGCUUUGUUUACAUUUGGAUGAGAUUUGGUCACUGGAGGAGCUUUAUAAAUAAAAUAAUAUCAUGGCAAGCAUGAAGAAAUGUAAGAUCUCAAGAUAAGGCUUUUAAUAUGUAGUACUAAUUGAUAGAGGGAACACAGGUAGGGCUGUGGUCUAAACCACUGAGCCUCUUGGGCUUGCCGAUCAGAAAGUCAGCAGUUCGAAUCCUCUUCACGGGGUGAGCUCCCGUUGCUCGGUCCCAGCUCCUGCCAACCUAGCAGUUCGAAAGCACGUCAAAGUGCAGGUAGAUAAAUAGGUACCGCUCCGGUGGGAAGGUAAACAGCGUUUCCGUGCGCUGCUCUGGUUCGCCAGAAGUGGCUUAGUCAUUCUGGCCACAUGAACCGUAAGCUGUACGCCGGCUUCCUCGGCCAAUAAAGCAAGAUGAGCGCCACAACCCCAGAGUCGACCAUGACUGGACCUAAUGGUCAGGAGUCCCUUUACCAUUACCAAUUGACAGAGGGGACGCAGGUGGUGCUGUGAUCUAAACCACAGAGCCUAGGACUUGCCGAUCAGAAGGUCAGCGGUUCGAAUCCCCGCGACGGGGUGAGCUCCCGUUGCUCAGUCCCUGCCCCUGCCAACCUAGCAGUUCGAAAGCACGUCAAAGUGCAAGUUGAUAAAUAGAUACCACUCUGGUGGGAAGGUAAACUGCGUUUCCAUGCACUGCUCUGGUUCGCCAGAAGCAGCUUAGUCAUGCUGGCCACAUGACUCGGAAAAACUGUCCCCGGACAAAUGCCGGCUCCCCCAGCCUGUAAAGCGAGAUGAGCACCACAACCCCAGAGUCGUCUUUUUUACUAAUUGAUAGAGAAUGAAUGCUGCCUUUAUGUCAUUUACUCUUGAUGCUUGCUAGCAUGAGAAUGGAAAAUCUGGCAUAAUGGCUUGAAUGCUAACUAGAUCUCACUGGAGGGAGCAACUCUGGGGAAGAGUCCUGUUUGUGGGACACUUCCACCCUCUGAAGGUACUUGGAGGCAGCUUUCCAAAAUACUCUCCAAAAAUCUGCUCCAGAGGCUGAGGGACCCUCCAGAGCAACAUCAGAGGUGGUGCAGGGGGCUGUAGAGAGAAAGGGGGGAUUUGCUAAUACAGUGGUACCUCGGGUUAAGUACUUAAUUCGUUCCAGAGGUCCGUUCUUAACCUGAAACUGUUCUUAACCUGAAGCACCAGUUUAGCUAAUGGGGCCUCCUGCUGCCGCCGUGCCGCCGGAGCCCGAUUUCUGUUCUUAUCCUGAAGCAAAGUUCUUAACCUGAAGCACUAUUUCUGGGUUAGCGGAGUGUGUAACCUGAAGCGUAUGUAACCUGAAGCGUAUGUAACCCGAGGUACCACUGUAUGAAGCAAUAUUGGCUCUUUGUCCCCAUGUGUCAGUUGAAGGAGGCUUUCUGUUUGCAGCCUCCUACAAGCCAUUAUAAUUAUAUAUUAGUUAACCCUUGGAAUACAUUCAAAGGUGCCCCCAAAAUAGGGUAAUAAAACAUUCUUAAACAGUACAUUCUCCCAUUAUUUUAAACAUAUUUGCAUAUUUUUCAAUCAAAUGACAAAUAAUCAAUUAUUACUAUAUUCUGUAAAGUGAUGGUGCAUUAUUAUUAUUAUGCACACCAAUUCUACUCAGAUCACAAAGAAUAGUGUAGAAAACUGGGAGUGGGACGAUAAAUGUGGUUUGGAAGAGUGAGAGAAGGGGCCUUCUCUGUGGUGGCUCCUCAUUCGUGGAAUGCUCUCGCCAAAGAGGCUUGCCUGGAGCAUAAAGGCAUAUAAUGAUAGUGCCACACAAAAACAUUCCUCUUUACCCAGGCCUAUGGCUAUUAAAUAAUCUAUGGCCUGUGAAAAUAUGGGGGAGAGGACUGUUCUUAUGAUGACUAUUUUAUUAUUAGGCUAUCUGGCAGCAUGCUUUUUAUUAUGUUUUUAUCAUUGAUGUUCUCUUGUGUGUUUUUAAUGUUUCACACCACCCUAGGAUCUUUCAAUGAAGGGUGUUGUGUAAAUAAUAACAAUAAAAUACCAUCCACAUAAAGUAAUACGUGAAACGAUUUCUACCACUCUUCCUGACCGGGCUUAUAGUCAUAUUCCCACAAUCCUACACUGUUCUUACAAACAAAAUUAAUUAGACACUUGAUUAUACCACAUUAAGCAUUUGAAGAACAUUCCCUCCAAAAACAUUUUCCAACGUUUCAUAGGACUCAUUGGGAUUUAGUAAAAUCCGGUGGCAUUGGGCUUCAAGCAUUUAAAGCCCAGAACAAUGGCUUUGGACUCAGGCUGGUAGGACUACGGUUUGUAGGCAGAAGUAAUGGACUGGCGUCUACCUCUUCUUUUUUCUCCUCUGGCUUUUCUAGGUGUGGUCUUAACAAUAACGAAAAGUCACUCAUCUGGAGAUCUUUUUCCCAAAGGAGAGACAGUGGUUCAGUAUACUGCCAGUGACUCCUCAGGAAAUAACAGGACCUGUGAGCUCCACAUAGUCAUCAGAGGUAGGUUUUGUUGGUGCUUACAUCUGAAAUGGCUUGCACAGUUUAUGGGUAUUUCCUGAAAUUAAAGAAAUAUGCAGAAUUAGAUAAAUUAACAGGAAGGAUUCAAAACCUGCGGGAUCAGAGAUUCUUAGAAGAUUGGAGUAAAUAUAUGAAUUAUUUGAAAAGCAAUUGUAAUGAGCAGAUUACGCUAGUAGGAUUGCAAUAAGUUCUGUAAGGAGGACUAUUUGAAAUAUUGCAAGAAAGACUAUGAGGAGAACUAUUAGUUAAGGAUAAUUAAGAGUAAUAGAGAAAUUAAGAAAUGCUGAAUAAUUGAUAAAUAACAGAAAAUCAUCAAAGGUUGUUGACGGAAGUCUAAAAUAUUGUACAAGAUAAGAAGUUAUGUUAAAUGAUUGUUGGAAAUGAUAUGUUUAAAAAAACUAAUAUAUAUAGAGUGUGUGUGUGUGUGUGUGUGUGUGUGUGUUUAUGGGUAUUUCCAAAAAUUCUCCUCCUCUGAAUUUCUCUUUUGUACUUAAGAGUUCCACGUUUUCCAUUAAAUCUGUUUGUUAUUGCUUUAAUUUCCGGAUUAUAUACAGAGCGCAGUCUGCCAUAACUUUAAGAUCCUUUGGUUAAUUUGUGUUUUCUCUCCCCGAUGAACAAAAUAGCGAUCUUCAUGCCACCAUACGUACAGCUAUGUCAACAUUUUUGUGUGGGGUGAUUUGCCAAUGUGCAGGUGUGCUUGUGCACAUCGGUAAAACACUGCAGGAAAAGACUCUUGCUGCAAUCGUACACACAGUCGCAUCAAGAUUCCUUUGUUACUGUGUUUAGAAAUGGACAUGCACCCAUGGGUGCUAUACAGGGGAAAAGAGAUAGAUGCAAAUGAACUCUUAGGUUGUGGGAAAUUUCACAUGCUCCAGGUCCAGAGUUAAUUUUAGAAAUUCUCCCAGAAGGAGAAUUCAGGAGGAGUGGAACUGAGAAGAAGAUCACAGCACAAUCAAAGUACAGUGGUACCUCGGGUUAAGUACUUAAUUCGUUCUGGAGGUCUGUUCUUAACCUGAAGCACCACUUUAGCUAAUGGGGCCUCCUGCUGCUGCCGCGCCACCGAAGCCUGAUUUCUGUUCUUAUCCUGAAGCAAAGUUCUUAACCUGAAGCACUAUUUCUGGGUUAGCGGAGUGUGUAACCUGAAACGUAUGUAACCUGAAGCGUAUGUAACCCGAGGUACCACUGUACAGAACUUUGGGCUGAGGGUCUGCUCAUCCUUGUGUACCACAGGCUCAAUAUCCAAAAUAAAGGUGAUUUGCAUUUUUUAAUGCCAAGAGAAAGCACGAGAGCCUUCCUCUAUUGUUUUCUCUCUUUUUUUCCUUCCCCAGGCUCUCCUUGUGAAAUCCCCUUUACCCCAGUAAACGGGGAUUUUAUAUGCACAGAAGAUAAUACAGGAGUUAAUUGCACAUUACGCUGCAUGACUGGAUAUGACUUCACAUCAGGUUCCAAUGAAAAUUACUAUUGUGCCUACACAGAUGGUAUCUGGAAUCCACCGUAUUCUACAGAAUGGCCUGACUGUUCUCGUAAGGUUUAUUAUGUAUUUUGAUUUCCAAGGACCUAGUGCAUUCUUUGUCUAGGUGAUACAGGAACUGGGAACUGGGCAUUAUAUUAAAAGAAACCUAGGCUUCAGUCUGAAGUCCUGGUUCUAAUAAAACCUACAAGCAACCACAGCUAGGACUGAGGUACAAACGGCUGAGAAAUUGCUGGAAUUAUUUCUGUUUCCACAAUGGUGCUGUGUUAUUUAACAGAGAUUCAGGGGCUGUUCCAGACCCCUGGGAGAGUUCUUAUCUUCCCUUUCCUGCUAACCUCCUCAGUGACACACACAGGGGAUGAACUGGAUUAGAUGUCUAGCUAUUAAGCAAAUACUGAAAUGUCAGCAAAAUACUUUCCUUCUUAAUUGCUAAAAUAUGACUCCUAAUUCAAAGCACGGUUAUUUGGAAUGUUGGGGUUUUUUAUUAUUAUUAUAACAAAUACAUUUAGCCACUUACUUCCUGCCAGGAGCGCAGGCAGUGUCCUACUGGCCUGGUUUGCAAGUCAUGGUAAACCAAAUUUUGGUUUACCAUGAGUGUGUGAACAUGCUGACUCCCAAUGGAGACCCCAUAACCAGCUUUUCUCCUCCCAGUCUUUUUAGGUCAGGGUUUGGCUUAGCAUGCUAUCCAGACAUGGAUUGUAGUUAAAAUCUCUUCUCCUUAACCUUGGCUCACAACCGUAAGGAAGAGGCCUUACCCAAGAUUUGGAUGACAUGCUAAGUCAAACCAUGGAUGCUACUCCUAAACAGCCCAAGAAGGAACAAAGUGGCCAUGAUUUCCUCCUCAGGAGCCAACCAUGUUUGGACUAAGUCAUGGUUUAGCUUAGUGUGUCAUGUGAACAUGCCAAAAUAUGUGAUUGGAAUGCAAUCAUACCUCAGAAGUCAAAUGGAAUCCGUUCCGGAAGUCCGUUUGACUUCUAAAACAUUCAGAAACCAAAGCGCGGCUUCUGAUUGGCUGCAGGAAGCUCCUGCAGCCCAUCAGAAGCCUCGCGAGAUGUCCGGCUUCUGAAAAUCGUUCAGAAAACCGGAACAUUCACUUCCAGGUUUCAAUCGUUCGGGAGCCGAUUUGUUCGGGAGCCAAGGCGUUUGAGAUCCGAGGUACGGCUGUAAUUCUUACAUACUUGCUGAUAGUAGUCAGAUACAAGUUAUUCAUUAUGACUAGUUUCUUCACUUCUUGCUUAUGGAAACAGAACCAGAAAAUUAUCCAUUUUGACAUAAAAUACCGAACAAAAUUUGGUAUAAACGAGGCUAACAUAUUUUUCAGACAGCACCCCUCCAGCCACUCCCUACUGCCCUGUUUAACUUCAGGCACAUGGUAAAGACUUUUUUAUUAUAUGUAAGCUUUUAAAGUAUUAAGUAAGUACUUAUUUAAAGUAAACUUUUCUCAUGUUAUGGGAGAGGGCCUUCUUGGUGGUGGCUGCUUCCAGACUCCGGAACUCCCUCCCUGGAGAAACUAGACUGGCUCCCACCUUUUUGACCUUCCAUUGGCAGGUGAAGACGUUAUUGUUCCAACAGGCUUUUAACUGAGCCUAGGACUUGCCGAUCGGAAGGUUGGCGGUUCGAAUCCCCGCAACGGGGUGAGCUCCCGUUGCUCGGUCCCUGCUCCUGCCCACCUAGCAGUUCGAAAGCACGUCAAAGUGCAAGUAGAUAAAUAGGUACCGCUCUGGUGGGAAGGUAAACGGCAUUUCCGUGCACUGCUCUGGUUCGCCAGAAGCAGCUUAGUCAUGCUGGCCGCAUGCCCCGGAAGCUGUACGCCAGUUCCCUCAGCCAGCAAAGCGAGAUGAGCGCCGCAACCCCAGAGUCGGUUACAACUGGACCUAAUAGUCAGGGGUCCCUUUACCUUUACCUUUAAUGAAAGGGCUAGUGUUGUGCUGUUUACAUUUUAAUUAUUUGUAUGUUUUAAACAGGUUUUAUAUGUGCAUAUAGUUUUAAUUUUAUUAAUGUUUAUUUGUUUUUUAAUGUCUCUCCCCCCCCCCACACACACACUUUUAGCAAUUCUUGGUUUUAUCUGUAAGCCACCAUUGGGGGGGGGGUGUAUAAAUAAAUAUAAUCAUCUUAACUGACUUAUCAUUUUUAAAAAAAUCUCUUUUGCACACUGCCUGGAAGCAGUAUAUGAGUCGUUUAAAUAAAUGAAGAAUCUUCCCGUACCCUUUUUUUCAGUGAAUCGCUUGGCAAACCAUGGUUUCAAAUCCUUUGAGAUGCUGUACAAAGCAACGCGAUGUGAUGACAGCAACCUUCUUAAAAAUUUUGGGGAUGCUUUUCAGAGCGCGCUUGGUAAAAUGGUGGGUUAGUAAUGCCCCAUCUUUUAAAAAGUAAUUAUUAUCAUUUCAUGAAUUGAAUUGCUUGCCCUCAAAAUGUUGAGCACACAAUAUGCACAGCAGAGUGACAAUAUUUAAUUUCAGGAGUAAAUUUUCUAUAGCUCAGAUACAGGUACUUGUCUAAUAAUUGCAAUAGUUUUUACUGUUUGAAUAAGAUGCGUUUAUAUUCCUAAACCAAGCCUGUUUCCUACCUUUCGAUUUAUGAAAACUACUGGCUGAUGGAACAGCUAUUUCUUAUUUGGAAAAUAAUAUUUAAAUUGGGUAAUGCUGGGAAGUUAAAGCUUUGUAUCUAAAGAAGUAUGUUAAAUUAAGAGGUAGGUUUUAACAUUGCACUGUUAUCUGUUGUUCUGUCCAUGCAAAGCACUACAGUUUGCCAGAUGGAAUGUGCUAUUCUGGGGGGUUCUCUCAAUUCCCCCAGAGGCAAUUUUGGGGGGCGCGGGGGGAGGAGAAAUCAUCAGGCAGUUUCCUACCCAGUGUUUUGACUGUUACUCUUAAAUCUUGGCUCAUAGGUUCCAUCGUUUUGCAAUGAUGUUGAUGACAUUGACUGCAGACUGGAGGAUCUGCCACAGAAACAUUGCUUGGAAUAUAAUUAUGACUAUGAAAAUGGCUUUGCAAUUGGUAAGUGAAUUAUUUUGCUGCUCACUAGCUCUAAACCUCCUUGAUAGCCUAAAUAAGAAGGGAACAUUCAGCAGUCCUGAAGAUGUACUGAUCCAUCUAGCAAAUCUUGAUUUUGGUCUAACUAUCAAAUCAUUGCAACCACAUGUUUGAGCCCUGGACAAAGAAAAGUGAGGGGUAGUGUGUGUGUGGUGUUUUUUUUUGGGGGGGGGUAUGUUUGCAGAUAUGAUUCAGAGUAGAGAACUUUUCCUUCACUACAAAUUCCCAUUUUCCUUCUUGUUUUGAAAGAACAGUUAUGGCGUUCUGUUGAAUUCAUUUCAGUAUAAUGUGCAGCAAGCAUUGCCUAAUAAUUAUAAUAACAAUAAUAAUAAAUUUUAUUUAUUUAUUUAUACCCCGCCCACCAGGCUGGGUUUUCCCAGCCACUCUGGGUGGCACCCAACAAAAUAUUUAAAAAUACAAUAAAGCACCAAAUAUUUAAAACUUCCCUAAACAGGGCUGCCUUCUAAAACUCAGAUACAGUGGUACCUCGGUUUACGAACUUAAUCCGUUCCGGAAGUCGGUUCUUAAACUGAAGUGCACUUUCCCUAAUGAGGCCUCCCACCACCGGUGCCCUUUCACCAUUUGGCUUCCGUUUGUAGACCUAGGUAAAGUUUGCUAACCGGAACAUCUACUUCUGGUUUUGCGGAGUUCACAUACCAAAUAGUUCAUUAACAGGGCUGUUCUUAAACUGAGGUACCACUGUGGUUAUUUAUUUCCUUGGCAUUUGAUGGGAGGGUGUUCCACAGGGUGGGCGCCACUACCAAGAAGGUCCUCUGCCUGCUUCCCUACCUCUGCUGGAUACAUGUUCUGAAGUCAAGUCAGAUUUCUAGUGAGGUCUUUUCAUUUUCUUUUUUCAACGAUUUAGCAGUGCUUCAUCCGUGUGUGUUGGCAUCCUUGGGAGUUGUUGCUCUAUUCUCAUUGUGAUAUUUCCUCUUCAUACUAAUGACUGCCAGGUCCCGGUGGCUGGGGUGGAGCAAAUCGGCUAGAUUAUUCGUACGAUGAUUUCCUCGAGGCAGUUCCUGAAGAAGAGAAACCUAACCCACUAUCUGGUUCGGUGAAUGUGGCACACUCCCGGGUCAAAAGGCACAAAAAAAUGAAUGUGCCUACAUCAGACCACAAAAUAAAGUUGGUUUUUAAUAUAACUGGUAAGGAAAACCCUCUUUUUUUCAUUAUUGUAUAAAAUAUUGUUUAUCGGGUGUAAUAUUUCAUACUGGUAUAAAAACAAGAAAUUUUCGACUGAGUUUUAAGAGUGGCUUUUCCUUUUGCCGUGAUAUUCAGGAGCGGUGUCUAACAAUCUGCAUAUUUGCAUUAUUAUUAUUUAUACUCUCCUGCUCUGACUUAGGUGUUGUGGGAGUCAACAUUUUCAAGCCUUUGUGUACAUGUGUGAGGUUUGUUUGUUUUUGUUUUCUCCCUAAUCCCAGCUAGUGUACCAUUGCCUGAUGAACGAAAUGAUACACUGGAAUCGGAGAACCAACAGCGCCUUCUAAAAACGCUAGAGACUAUCACAAACAGGCUGAAAAGAACUCUCAGUAAGGAUCCAAUGUAUUCUUUUCAGUUUUCUUCUGAACUGCUCGUAGCAGACGCCAACUCGCUAGAAGCUGAAAAGGCCUUCCUGUUUUGCAGGCCAGGCUCUGUCCUAAGAGGCCGGAUGUGUGGUAAGCAAAAUUCAGCUUUAAGUCUUUUUCUCGUCCUUAGUUGCAGUAAAUAAAAGAAAGGUUACUGCUUUCGAAGGAGAACUGAGAAAGCAUGAUAGAAUCUUAACAGGUGGCAAAGUUUUCAAUAACGCUGUUCCAUUCCCUCUUUCCACUAUAAAAGAAAAAAUGUGAAAGAGGCAAAUUUUCUUAAUUAUUUGGAUAUAUCUGGAUAUUUUAGUGCUAUGCCCUAUGUACCAUUUCAUUGUACAGCAGUGCUGCUUGUGUGAUUGCAAACAUUAUAUUACACCGAAUGAAGUCUUCUUUCAAGUUCAAACCUUAAUGACCUUGCAGCUGCUUCAAUUCCACAGUUUAUGAUCUCAUCUCUUCUAGCACGCACCCAUAUACUAGUCCAAAUUAAACUCUAAUUAACAGAAGAACAUCUGCUUCUUAAUGGCGGCAUUGGGGGCUAUCGGCAGGUAAAGUGCUUUUUCACUCAGUGCCUCCCUGCCUCCCACAUUCUAUGCCGGAGCAAGAGCCAGGUACUGAGACAAACUGCGAGUGGAGCCCAUUCCCCCCUGUCCCUGUGGGGGGCGGGACUUGCAAGGAUAAUUAUCAAUCAUAAUUCACAAGCACAAUUCAAAGUGUUGGUGCUGACUUUUAAAGCCCUAAACGGCCUCAGCCCAGUAUACCUGAAGGAGCGUCUCCACCCCCAUCAUUCAGCCCAGACACUGAGGUCCACCUCCAAGAGCCUUCUGGCGGUUCCCUCACUUCGAGAAGUGAGGUUGCAGGGAAUCAGGCAGAGGGCCUUCUCGGUGGCGGCGCCCACCUUGUGGAACGCCCUCCCAUCAGAUGUCAAGGAAAUAAACAACUAUCCAACUUUUAGAAGACAUCUGAAGGCAGCCCUGUUUAGGGAAGUUUUUAAUGUUUGAAAUUUUAUUCUGUUUUUAAUGUUCUGUUGAAAGCUGCCCAGAGUAGCUGGGGAAACCCAGCCAGAUGGGCGGGGUAGAAAUAAUAAAUUAUUAUUAUAUUAUUAUUAUCAAUCAUCCUUGUUUUUUCUUUGCCAACAAUGUCCCGUUGUUGUGGGAGCUGCUUCCAUUUUAAGGCAGACCAGAAUCGGAAGCCUGAUUGCAAACAUUAUAUUAUCUGUAUUGCGGUGUGUUCCAAGAUCAGCUGAAAUGGAUGAGUUAAUUCAUCCUUCAGCCAAAUUCAUACGGCUUUUCUGCAGGUAGGAAAUGUUUGAACGGAGGAGCAUUCAGCUAUGUGAAACCGGCUGGUGUAGUUCAGACAUGGGUUUUGCCUUGCCUUCUGUUGCUUGUGAGAACUGGGCUGUGGUCAACAGCUACCGUAGACAAAAAUCUUCAUUACAUUUUCCAUGCAUAACUUUUCUUUUGUCCGGUUAAAUCACAGUUAACUGCCCUCUGGGGACUUAUUACUCCCUGGAACACCAUGCAUGUGAAAGCUGCUGGAUUGGUUCUUACCAAGAUGAGGAAGGGCAACUGGAAUGUAAGAACUGCCCUUCUGCUAGCUAUACUGAAUAUCUCCAUGCCAGAAGUAUAUCAGAAUGUAAAGGUGAGAGGUUAGCAAUCAUGUAAUACCUUUUUAAAAAAGCAACUAAAGAUGUAAGUUUUUCAUUUAGACACUGCAAAAAAAUUGCUUUUAAAAUAUUUUAAUAAUAUUUAGAAUUUAUUUUAAACAGUUGUGGAGACUAGAACUAAAUAUUUAAAAUAAAAGUCUAGUUUAUGGUUUUUUGUUGUUGUUUUAGAAUUGUGGAAAAAUAGAGGAAGGGGAAAUUGCAAAGCUAAUAUUAAAAGUUCAGCCUCUGGCUGGGUAGAAACCUAUUGCUUAAUCUGGACUGUCUUUCAACCAAAUGACUCGAAGGCAGUUCACAACCCUGAGUGAUAUUCAGCAUGAUGUGAGUAGCAGUUCACUCGUACGACAGGACUUCCUCGUCCUCUCCAACCAUGCACCUUUCUGAAAGGUUCCCCCAACACUUUGGGAUGGGGCACACAAGGCCUACAAGGAGGAAGAGAGGGAGAAGUCCUUUUGCACCAGCGGAAGUCCAUUUCAGGUAGCCACAGUUGAAUAUCACGCAAUAAAAAAUGGCAAUAAAACCAACAAAAUCAGUAGAUCGGGCACGAAACAAGAAACCAGUGGUAAGAACAGCAGGUUAAAACAAUUACAACUCAAAACCUCAACACAAGUAGUUCUCAAGCUUUUGUCUCUCCCUCAGCUGUUGAUCCAAUGCAACUGGUAUUAUACUGUAAUCGGUGUGUUUGACUGUAAAGACCAAUCAUCAAAUGGACUUCUUUUUUCUGUGGGCUUCACAUUUUGCCUAACUGCUCAGCACUCACAAUAAGAGCAGUUUGUGUUCUUGGCAGAUGCUCUGUGCUAAUUGCAUUUUGCAAGCAGUUGUGGUGCGCAGAUUCUUUGGGCUUGUAAGUGGCCAGUUACAUUGUGUUUUAGAGGUUAUUCUGCCUUUGCCUCCUUGGGUUAUUGGCUGUUGUCCUUGAUGCAUAUUUGAAGCUAGAUAUUGCUUAAUUCUGGUGUAUUGUUCUUCCCUAAUUAGCUGAGUGCAAACCGGGAACCUAUUCUCCAAAUGGCCUUGAGAUCUGCGAAUCAUGUCCUCUUGGCAAAUAUCAGCCUGUAACUGGAUCUAAGCACUGCAUUCCUUGCCCAGAAAGCAUGUCAACAGUCAAAAGAGGAGCUGUGGAUAUAUCAGCAUGUGGAGGUUUGCGAAAUUCCAGGAAAUAGCAUGUUGCUAAACCCUAUGCAGUACAACUUUCCUGAUCUCUGAAUAACUGGAAUAUUUUUGAGUAGUAGCAUCCGUUGUAUCUUUCUUUCAUAUUCUGCUUAUCGAUCCUUUAACUUUAUGAAGAAAGGAAAAGACGAGGUUGAACUGAACCCAUGGCUUUGAGGUACAGAAAUAAUGUCAUUGGGGACAAUUUUCCUCCAUUGACAAAUAUUCCAUAGUGAUUUCUAACAGAUCACUCCUGUGAAUCCCGGAUGUCUGUAUUCACUUUUUACGUUUAAAAAAACAAAUGCAACUUGGGGGAAGUUCAUAUAUGCUAAGGCCUGCACAAAUCAUGACAUCACCCAAGUCAGGUAACCAAUUAGGAGUCUGAUCUGCCUCCUGUUUUUGCAGCCUAGGUCUCAGCAGAAGUUAAUAAAAGGUGCCAGAUGUCUAGUCUGGCCUUGAAUUCUCAAUAUCCUCCUCUUCUUCCAUCUUGAGAAAAAGGGUCUCCAGUAUUUUGUGUAAAAAACAACAACACCUAUUUACAAAGACAGUACAGUGGUACCUCUGGUUGCGAAUGGGAUCUGUUCUGGAGGCCCGUUCACAACAUGAAAAGAGCACAACCCACAGUGGCAUGUCUGCGCACACACGGGUUGCGAUUCGCCACUCCUGCGCAUGCGCAUGACAUCAUUUUGCGUUUCUGCACAUGUGCGAGCGUCAAAACCUGGAAGUAACCCUUUCCGGUACUUCCGGGUCGCCACGGGACGUAACCUGAAAAGAACGUAACAUGAAGCAAACGUAACAAGAGGUAUGACUGUAUAGUAGUCGUUGAAAUAGGUUUUUGUUUUCACUUUGCAGUACCUUGUCCAUCUGGAGAAUUCUCUCGCUCUGGUUUAAUGCCCUGCCACCCUUGUCCCAGAGAUUAUUAUCAGCCUGACCCCGGAAAGUCCUAUUGCCUGUCUUGCCCAUUUUAUGGGACUACUACCGUGAUCGGCGCCAGGUCUAUAACGGACUGUUCAAGUAAGUUAUUUUCUCUGAAGAAUAUGAAAAAUUGGCAGUAGGGUUAAUGGUCAAAGUUACAUAGCAAUUGUUAGGCAUUCUAGGUCAAGACUUGCCAAAAGAGAGACAGAAACUCUUUAUGUAUCCUACAACUGCGGCUAGGAUACUGCUAGCCCAAAGAUGGAAGAGUGAUAGAGUACCAACAAAAGAAGAAUGGCAAGAAAAACUAAUGGAAUACGCCAAAAUGGCAAAACUAACUGAAAAAAUACGAGACAAGGACAAUAGAGACUUCAGGAGAGAUUGGGAACCAUUUAUGAUAUACCGACAGAAAUACUGUAAAGAAGUGAACUCACUAGCAGGUUUUGAGUAAACACUUACAAUCAACAAAAUUAAUAUAUUUACAAAGAUGCUGUAAAAUAUAUGGAAAGUAUAACAACAUUACAGGUUUAAGACAUUGAAAUUUAAGAUAUAUCAAAGAAUGCAGGAGAAGACAUUAAAAAUAAACCAGAAGAGGAAGUUGAGGGAAGUCGUAGGGAGGAGAGGAAAACUAUCUUUUUCUUUAUUUUUAUUAUAUGAUGUGAUAAUUGGAUGUUUCAAAUAUAAAAUCUAAUAAAAAAAAAAUUUUUUUAAAAAGUUACAUAGCACCAUGCUUUUACUAAUGGUUGCUUCCAAGGGAAAGCUUGUUUCUGCCUUCGCUGUCCUUUCAUAGCAAGAAACUCUGUGUCACACUAUGUGGAAUGUUCCAUCAGCACAAGCUUUCCACCUUGACAGAUGGAACAGUUCCUCUUCUUCCCCUGGCAUGCUGUUUAGGGGGUUAUCCUGAUACACACACCCUGGGCCAAUUGUAGGUGGUGCACAGGGGGGAGAAGGAGGAAAGCCCUGUUGUGCAACCAUCAGACCUUGUGCAGGGCUUCUGCUGAUGGGACUUCUUGCAUGAAUCCCUCCAACUGUACUCAGCUCAUAGGCUGGACACUAGCAAAUUCAGUCGUCCCACCGUCCCGAAUGCCAAACAGUCGGGUUUCUGGUUUGAUAAGCUGGUCUCAAAAGUUGCAGCCUGUUUUCUUUCAUGUGUGCUGGCGUUCCUUUUGUUCCUCCUAUUCUCACUGCUACAAACAUGGUCCAUACAUUCGCUGACAUUCAUCUGCAGUGGGCCUAAAUAUUUAAGAAAGAUACUCAAUUCAGUGAUUUAAUGGAUAGAACUAGAGCAGGGUUUUCAAAACUUGGGUCUCCAGCUCUUUUUUGAACUACAACUCCCAUCUUCCCUAGCUAACUGAAUCAAUGGUCAGGGAUGAUGGGAAUUGUAGUCCCAAAACAGCUGGAGACCCAAGUUUGGGAAACCCUGAACUAGGGUCAGGUUUACUGAGAAAUCUAGUGGGAAUUAAGACAGUUAAAAGACCCACAGUUCUGACAUGGUCGCUUCUUCCUUAGACAUUGCCAAAGCUUUCUAGUGGAACAAGACCUGAAGACUGGUGUUAGCUCUCUAAGAACAAAGUUGCUGAGAUGUUCAAACUGAAACGUUAGUGGGAGUUUGGGUCAAACUACAUGUGUUAGCAGCCGACCCAAGUGUUUAACAAGUCUCCCCCCCCCCCCCGAAAACACAUGGGUUGAGGGAAAGAGGCACGCAAGUGACAACAGAAACCUUUCUCCAUCCUUAGCUUGCCCCCAGAAAGAUAUAAUGGUAAAGGUAAAGGGACCCCUGACCAUUAGGUCCAGUUGUGACCAACUCUGGGGUUGCGGCGCUCAUCUCGCUUUAUUGGCCGAGGGAGCCGGUGUACAGCUUCCGGGUCAUGUAGCCAGCAUGACUAAACCGCUUCUGGCAAACCAGAACCACGUACGGAAACGCUGUUUACUGUCCCGCCGGAGCGGUACCUAUUUAUCUACUUGCACUUUGAUGUGCUUUCGAACUGCUAGGUUGACAGGAGAUGGGACCGAACAACAGGAGCUCACCCCGUCGCGGGGAUUCGAACCGCCAACCUUCUGAUCAGCAAGUCCUAGGCUCUGUGGUUUAACCCACAGCGCCACUCGCGUGCCAUAUAGAAAGAUGCUAGCCUGCAAGAAAAGUGUUUGUGGAGAAGUGAGCAGCUAGUGUAAGGAUGGGUGAGAAUUCUGUUAAGUCCACAUAUUCAAGCAAACAAAAACAAAACAGAAUGGACUUGGGAAUGAAGAACUGACAGAGAUCAUAAAUAACAUUAUCUAGCUGUAUGUGUGGCAAGAAGCCGUCACAUCUUGUGUGGCCCUAAACAACCAAUGGUUCCAUGCUCAAAGACAACAGAGUCUAGCUGAGGCACACAUUCGCGGUUGUCAGGUUCACAUGCUUCAAUUGACACUGUAAUUGAAUAGAUCUAUCUAUAUCUGCACAAAUCAAGGCUGAUUCUUUUUCCAUUGCUGUAUCAUUGAUUAUGUCACAACCUUGACUCAGAGGACCUUGUCAGUGGAAUUUUUACAGUUGCUUUCAUUCAAUCCUAUUUAGGUUUUGGCUCUACUUUCUCUGCGGCAGAAGAGAGUGUAGCACUGCCAGUCUCCCCAGAAAACAUCAGCAACAAAUACCAAAUCAGCAGCCAGGCAAGAACAAACGUCAUAAUUGUCUAAAGUUAGCAUUAGUAUUAAAAAAUGAAAACAUCUUGCAUGCAUUCAGUAUUUGUCUCUUGUAAUAUUAUUGUUCUGUAUUUCACUUCUGUCCCACCUUUCCCCCCAAGGAGCUAGAGGAAAUAAUAUACCUUAAAUUUUACUCCGUUGCAUGUUUGACAUGUGGCUUUUAAAUUGCUUUGGAGGGGGGAUUUCUUGAAAAGUAGGAUACGAAUCUAUAAAUAAGAAUAAAAUAUAAAUACAAUGCAAUACAUGUCUCUUUCCCCUUUUAUCCUCACUACAACUCUGAUAUAGGUUAGACUGAGAGACAGGGUGUUAUGUACUGAAGUUCUCACCCUGGGCCAGCAGGGGGAUACUGUAGAUAGUUUUCACUCAGGCCCACAUAUGCAAAUAAGGGAUUGAAAGUGGCAUUCAGUGAUUGGAUAGUUACAGAAAAUGGUUACUGUUGCGUUCUAGUGGAGCUCUAUAUAAGCAGGCUGGCUGAACCCUUCAGUUCAGUUCUGUUCUGGCCUGUGAAUAAACAAGAGCUGUUUGAAGAAUCACUGUGUCGUCCGAUAUGUUCCCCCACAACUUAACACAGUGAGUGGCCCACAGUUACCCAGUGAGAUUCAUGGCGAAGUGUAGUUUUGAACCCGAGUCUCACCAGUUCUUUUAACCUCUGUGCUGCACUGUCUUUACAGUUUUGCAAACAAUUUACGGUUGCAGGAAUGAGUCAAAACUCCUUGCCCUGUUGUUGUGUUGGUUUGCAUGAGUGCCAAAUUUUCACGGUCCCCUUUGAGGGUUUUUCAAUAUUCACUGCAGAAAUGUGCUUUUUCAAUAACAUUGUUCUUGGUGCUGAUGAUGGCGACGACUACUUUUCCUCCUCCUCCAUUGUGCAUCUUUUCCCAUCACUGCCAUCUAAUCCCAUUCGGUUGUGAAAACCGAAUGGUGAUUUUGCCACAGGUGUUUCAUCCAUCCAUUACUAGAAGCUGCCAAAGCUGUGCAUGGAUGGGAGCAGCAGAACAGUUCUCCCUAUUCAAUCAGUGUGUUCUGCAAUUCAACCCAAGCAGUUGGGAAUAUUUCAAACCAUGGAAAAUACUAAAUUUAGCCCAAGACUCGAUUUGGACAAAGCCCUACAAACCUUCAAGCAUAUGAUAGAAUAAUCUUAUGUAACUUACUAGGACUUGAGGUUAUUUAAUUAUUUAACUAGCCUAGUUUAUACUUCUGGGGAAGGUAAACCAGUUUGUUGCUUUCAGGGUUCCCUUCGCUUGCAUUUUGCUUCCUUAAUAAACUGUGUUAUUUCCAUUGGCAAACAGGUAUUCCAUGAGUGUUUCCUGGAACCUUGCAAAAAUGGAACUUGCAAGCAUGUUGGAAGUGGGUACAUCUGCAUAUGCUUCCCUGGAUAUGAAGGUAAACGAUAGUGUCGACUGGCAACUUGUACAGCACAUGGAGGGUUGGAUCCAAAUAAUUGUGAGUGGAAGGAGAGAAAAUGUAUUAGGGGUUUUUUCCACCGUGACCUCUUGCACCUGUGGCUCCAGUACAACUGUUUGUGACUAACUCCUACGGAAAGCAUUAAAGCUUGUUAGUAAUGAUUAACUUGAUACAUCAGUAUUAAUAGGAUGUGCAGCCUGCUCCUAAGGUUAGGGUCCCACCAAGUUCGUUGGUGCAUAUUCUCUAGUUACUGAGUGUAGCAGAGAUGAAGAACCUGUGGCCCUACAGAAUAGGGAUGGGCAAUACCUGGUUUUCAGCAUCACGAUCUAUCAUCAGCUAAGCAUCACACUAUACCGAUAUAUCACAAUGUCUGAAAUAAGGAUCGAACUAUAUAGAGGCAUUGGCUGGCUUCACAGUUUCCCCCACAUUAUGAUUUUUGCCAGUGGCUGCUUUUGUGACUCGCUGCCACCUGCAGGAUGCAGGGGAGAGCUUAGCCGGUAGAGUUAACAGGAGCUGCAAGAAUCGAGAGAAGCAUUGGCUGGUUUCCCCCACAUUGGAAUUUUUGCAUAGCGUGUGCGCGCGCGCACACACACACACACACACACCAUGAUUUGCGAUAUUUUGCCAGGUCAAAAAUUAUGAAACUGAUAUCACAAUAUGGACCUCAAACCCGGUUUUGGAUGAUCUAACCCCCAACCCUACUCCAGAUGUUGAUGGACUACAGUUUGCAUCAUCUGACCAUUGGGCGUGCUGGUCCAAACAUGUAGAAGAUACCAUGUUCCCCAUCCCUGGUGUAUAGGAUUAAGUGACAACAAACUCUGUAGGAACCAUUUCUGAAGCCACAAACAAGACCAGGCUGCAUGUCCUAUAACUUUAGCUAGAUGGCAUGAAUUGUUUUCAUAAAACGUAUUUUAAUACUGUGCAUUUACAUUUAAGCAGCACUUUGCUUAGCUAGAAACUUUUAUUUAUUUAUUUGCAUUUCAUUUAGGAGCUGCUUCCCCUGAAAGAUUUUGAAGCAACUUAACAAUAAAAACAUGCAUAGCAACCAUUUUGCAUCCUGAACAGAUACAAGAUGGGGUUUAGAAACUUCACUUAAAAGUUUGAGUUGCUGAAAAAAUGAGGGUCUUUAGUAUAAGUCGUAAAGACAGCAAGUGUCCUGAUAUGGAAAAGGAAUGGGGUACCGGGCUCUCCAGCCAAUAUAUGGGUUGUUGGGGUGGGGAAAGGACAGUAGAGUAGAGUAGAGGGGAAAGCCAUUUUGCACAAGUAGAAGCCCUUGCAAAAGGGACGCGGGUGGCGCUGUGGGUAAAACCUCAGUGCCUAGGACUUGCCGAUCGUAUGGUCGGCGGUUCGAAUCCCCACGGCGGGGUGAGCUCCCGUCUUUCGGUCCCAGCUCCUGCCCACCUAGCAGUUCGAAAGCACCCCUAAGUGCAAGUAGAUAAAUAGGUACCGCUUUAUAGCGGGAAGGUAAACGGCGUUUCCAUGUGCUGCGCUGGUGCCGGCUCGCCAGAGCAGCUUCGUCACGCUGGCCACGUGACCCGGAAGUGUCUCCGGACAGCACUGGCCCCAGGCCUCUUAAGUGAGAUGGGCGCACAACCCUAGAGUCGGACACGACUGGCCCGUACGGGCAGGGGUACCUUUACCUUUAACUUUUAAGCCCUUGCAAAGGACUAAAUCUUCUGACAGACUCACGAGUUGAAUCCCAACCUUUUUGUAUAUACUUAUUUAUUUAUUUGUGUUAUAUUCAUUUGGAAUUUUAGUUUGCUGUUUCUUCCCCUGCCCCUCCUUAGUAACCCCAAUAUGUUUGUUUGUUUUUCUUUUGUGUUCUUUUGGGUUGCGUUUUAGGCUUAAAAUGUGAAACAGAUAUUGAUGAGUGCAAGUCACACCCCUGUCUCAACAAAGGGAUUUGCGAGGAUGGCAAUGCAACUUUCAUUUGCCAGUGCCAACCAGGCUAUACAGGUGACAAAUGAUGAACUCAGGCGUCAACUCCAGGUUGCAUAUGUUAAAAAAAAGAAGAAAAAGCCAAGUGUUGGUCAUACUUGAUUUUGCUUUUAAAUUAUUUGCCUUCUGUGGAAUAAGUUACCGUAUUUUUCGCUCUAUAAGACGCACCAGACCAUAAGACGCGCCUAGUUUUUGGAGGAGGAAAACAAGAAAAAAAAUAUUCUGAAUCUCAGAAGCCAGAACAGCAAGAGGGAUUGAUGCACAGUGAAAGUAGUGAUCCCUCUUCCUGUUCUGGCUUCUGGGAUAGCUGCGCAGCCUGCAUUCGCUCCGUAAGACGCACACAUAUUUCCCCUUACUUUUUAAGAGGGAAAAAGUGAGUCUUAUAGAGCAAAAAAUACAGUAGUUAGUUGCAAGAAAUUGGACCUUUUCAGUCAGCUGAUGAUAAAAUAAUCAGUACACUUUUUAUGGUUGCGAUGUAGAGGAAUUUGAUUCAACGGUGAAUGUUUUAGAAGUUCUGAUGAUACAAGAAAAAUGGCUUAUUUAAGAUGUCAGAGGCUGCAAUUCAUACUUAUCUUAAAGCUUGUCCCACUGAUAUGGUCCGUAUACCCUGCUUUUUGCAACUUAUAGAUGGUUCCCAUACGCUGGCAGCUUACAGAGAGAGGUCUGCUUAGCUUCAGUAACCAGACUGUGUCAAAAGUAGAAAUAGCUGGGCUUGUGCUGACAGUCUUAGAUUUAGCACUUGUAUUUAUGGAGAUAAAAAUGCUGGUGGUAAGAUCUAGGAGAUUUAUUUUAGAAUUCAGUUUUUGUGAGCGUAUGAAACUGCCUUCUCCUGAUUCAGGCCAGUACUGCCUGACUUCCUGAUGCAGCGACCUUCUUAACACAAAGUCAGGUGGUCUCUUCAGUCAACCUUUCACUUGUUGAAACUCCAUACUUUGUUAGUUACUUGGUGUAAAAGGGUCUCAAGAGUGUCUUGAUAAGAUAAAAUACAAACAGAUAAAAUCAAUUAGGAGCCAGCGAAUUUAAAAACAGUGUGCAAUCAUAAUAAAAAUGAUAAGAAAUUCCUGAAAUAUUCUUCCCACAGAACAAUAAAAAGUGCAAAAGUUCAGUAUUCCCAGAUUGUCAGUCUUGGAACAGGCACUAGGAAUAAAUAUGAGCAAGUUUUUACAGAGCAAUUUGGCAAAAACAAAAACGAAAGUGGAAGGAUUAGGUCUAGCAAAAGCUAAGGGUGUUCUGGUUUUUUAUGCAAAAAAGGAGGAUCACAUUUAGGUUGUUUAUUACUUUAUGGCAGUGGUGGCCAAACUUGGCCCUCCAGCUGUUUUGGGACUAAACAGCUGUUUAGGGACUAAAUUAAGAAAUAAAUGUAUUUAUAUAUUGCAACAUUCCGUGUAUAAGACGGAAAACUUUAAAAAAUUGGGGGGAAAUAUAGUCUUAUACAUGGAAAAAUACAGUAGUCUAUUAAUGUUAGCUUUUCGAUGUGCUUACAAUAAUUUUCCAAAUAAUCUACAAAACAUUUCCAGUCUUUCUUAAAUAUUUUUUUCAUCUUGAUUUCCAACUCUGUUUAUCAAUCCUGCCAUUUCUACAUAUUCUAUCAGUUUCAUCUGUCAUCCUUUUUUUUGGGGGGGGGUGUUAGGGGUAUUAUUCCCUCUUUUCAUCUCUGGGCAUAUCCCAUUCGAGCUGCUUCUAGUCUCCUUUUCUGUGGCUGUACCGGGGCGACGAAGCAAACGAACCCUAGGGCCACUCAGGCGUGUCCCUGUAGCACUUAACUAUAGCUUAACAUGGCAUCUAGACUAGAGCAUCAACUCAAGCAAAAUCCUCCUUGAGAAAAUGAAAAUGGAAUUAAAGCUUUGCCUUGCAGAACUUGUGACAAACCAAGCCCAUUGAGCCCAUGCAGUGUCCAGCAAGGAGCUCUAAUUUGUACUGCAAAAAGAAAGGAGAUUGUCAGAUUCCUUAGCAGUACUGGAGAACAACAAAUACCGUAUUUUUCACUCUAUAGGACACACUCGACCAUAGGACGCACCUUGCUUUAGAGGGGGAGAACAAGAAAAAAAAUUCUCUCCCUCUCUGCUCAGCGCCCCUUCAGCGAAGCGGCAGGAGAAACAGAGCCCCUUCCAUUUCUCCUCCCGCUUCGUUGAAGGGGCACUAUGCAGCUCUCCCUCUCUGCUGAAGCCAGGAGAGUCUUGCUCUCCCGGCUUCAGCAAAAGGAACCCGAAGCCUUUGGAGCGCAGCGCGAGGUCCCGCUGCGCUCCAAAGGCUUCAGGCGGCUAUCCCUGAAGCCUGGAGAGCGAGAGGGGUCGGUGCGCACCGAGACCUCUCGCUCUCCAGGCUUCAGCGAAAGCAACGCGUAGCCUCCGGAGCGCAGAGGGAGCAGUCCCUCUGCGCUUCAGAGGCUUCGUGUUGCUAUCGCUGAAGCCAAGGAGCCUGCAUUCGCUCCAUAGGACGCACACACAUUUCCCCUUAAUUUUUGGAGGGGAAAAAGUGUGGCCUAUAGAGCGAAAAAUACAGUAGUUCAUGCAAUGUAGGUGUGCCGCAUAGCUCACUUUGAAACCUGGAAACUCAUGCUGUGGGUGGAAAGCACACGAGGAACCACAUAAUAAGUGGUAAAUGAAACAUGGAGACUCUGUGCAACCUGAGUAGAUUUUUAGAACAACCAGUUCAGUGUUUUUAGGGUUGCAUCUUCCAUGCGUCUGAACUGUUAACAAUGCUCUGUAACCAUUAUUGCUUGAAGGCUUGCAGUGUGAAGAAGAAGUAAAUGAAUGCAGUUCAAAUCCAUGUCUGAAUGAAGCAGUCUGCAUUGAUGGUACCAACUCUUACCAGUGUCUGUGUGCAGAAGGAUUCACGGGUAAAUAACUGAUUGCUUUGUAUUAAGAGUUGCCAGCUUUUUAUAUUGUUCCUCUACCUUUAACAGCAUCUUUCUACACAGACAUUAGCAGGAGAAAACACCUGAAGGUGUAAGCUUCAUCUUCUGACGUGUGUUGUAAGAAGUACACCAGGCUAUUUUUGUCAUUGUUUGUUUAGAAGCACCACUACCUUCAGACAUUUCUGUUUAAAUACAGCCUCAGUGUAUUCUGUACUGAUAGAAUUGAGAGGAUUUCAGCUUUUAUUGAAAAGAAAUAUAAAGAUAUAGCUUUCGUUUCAGAUUCAUACAGUCCCUUAGCAUUUUAAACAGGAAUUCUGUUACAUGAAAAAGAUUGGCAAAGAUUUUAAACAUUAAUAUGCUAGCAAAAUAUGUUGCUGCAAUGCCUAAAUAACUUCCCCCAGUGUGUUUUGGUGAAGAAAGGUGCAUUUGUUAGUGUUGUGUUUAACCUAACUAAUAAAUCACUGUUGUUGUUUACAUUUUCAUUAAAAUGAGGCUGCAUUUUAAACUGCAUUUUAACCUGUAUUUUAAAUUGGGGUUUUCUCCCCUAUUAUGUUUUUACUGUAAUUUUACUGGUGUUAGCUGCCCUGAGCACGGCUCUGGCCGGGGAGGGCGGGGUAUAAAUAAAACAUUUAUUAUUAUUAUUAUUAUUAUUAUUAUUAUUAUUAUUAUUAUUUUUCUGGAAUAUUCUUUAGUUUUCAUCUCUGUUCUUUUUAAUCUGUCAAAGUUCCUGAAAUCUAGAAAUUGCCCGAUAAAGACAUUAUUCUCCUAUUCCCCCGCCCCUAACUUUCCUCUCUACACCUUUCUUCUCAGGUACUCACUGUGAAGCAGAGAUAAAUGAAUGCCUUUCAAACCCCUGUUUAAACAAAGCUACCUGCGAGGAUCGGGUUGGAGGUUUCUAUUGCAAGUGUCCGUCUGGGUUUAUUGGUACCCUCUGUGAAAAAAACAUUAAUGAAUGUCUCAGCAGGCCUUGUGAAAAUGGAGGCACCUGCAGUGAUGCUGUCAAUGGCUACAGGUAAAAAGCGACAAGCAUUAGCUUCAUCUACAGCACAGCUCUGUACGUGUUUUUCCCAGUAAUAAGCCCUGUUGAGUUUAAGGGUGCUUACUCCCUAGUAGAGGGAGGCGGGUGGUGCUGUGGGUUAAACCACAGAGCCUAGGACUUGCCGAUCAGAAGGUCAGCGGUUCGAAUCCCCGCGACAGGGUGAGAUCCCGUUGCUCGGUCCCUGCUCCUGCCAACCUAACAGUUCGAAAGCCCAUCAAAAUAGUGAACUACAGUCAUACCUUGUGUUGAGUUUGCUUCAGGUUGAGCAUUUUCAGGUUGCGUCCCAUGGCGACCUAGAAGUAACGGAAUGGGUUACUUCUGGGUUUCGCCGCAUGCGCAGACGCUCAAAAUGACGUCACACGCAUGCGCAGAAGCAGCGAAUUGUGACACGCGCAGACACGGGUUGCGUUCUGCUCAGGUUGUGAACGGGGCUCCGGAACAGAUCCCGUUCGCAACCAGAGGUACCACUGUAUUGGUUUUUUUUUUUUUUCAAACUGGCCAUCUGCUCAGGCUGCUUGCAACUCGUAGCACCGGUUUUCCCUCUGCUUUGCUCCCUCAUUUCACUCAGAACAACCAGGAUUUUGUUUUGUGGACUGCUGUACUAAAAGGUGCUUUUGGGUUUUUUUGUCCACAGGUGCCACUGUGUCAGAGGAUACACAGGACCGCAGUGUGAAGUGAACAUAAAUGAGUGUAACUCCAAUCCCUGUGCAAACCAAGCGACUUGUGUGGAUGCCUUGAACGCGUACAUUUGUAAAUGUCCCCCUGGCUUUACAGGCAGCAGGUGUGAAACAGGUACACAGGACCAAAGUAUCAGGAGAAGGAAGGCUUGGCAAAGUUUCAUGGCAAGGCUAGUGCAGUUUUGAACUGAUACCAGACGGCUGCUGUGACUGUAGCAGAUUUUGCAAAGGGCAGUGUUCAUGAUCAUAAUGAUUUAAAUACCAAAUUCAAUCCCAUUAAAAAGAGGAAACGAAAGGAUAUAUGAUUUCUGACAUGAUUGAGAAUCGCAGAGCCAGAGACAAGAAGUUAGAGUAUUAAAAUCGAGAUGUGGAAAUAUGGAAAUAACGACCAGAGGCAGGAUUGAGAUUUGGAGUUAUGCUUCAAGGUCCAGACUAUGGGAAGUCCAAAAAAUUAAUAAUUACUAUUUGGAAGAUAAUUCAACCUUUUUAUUUUAGUUUUUUAUUUUUAUUGGAUUAUGAUUUGAUAUUUUAAUUGGAUGUUUUUUAUUGGAAAAUUAAUAAAAAUGAUUUAACAAAAAAAAGAGGAAACCUUUGCAAAUAGAAAACUGGCAUAUAGCGUUUUUGUCUCUGCUCAAGUGGCAAUUUCAUUUCUUAUAGUACAGAACUCCAGUGUUAUCGCUGGAUUUCCUCCAAAUGCUUGAGGUUUUAUGCAAGAAGUACUGCAUAAACAGAACGAAUUCUGCCCAUGCAACAGAAUCCACAACGCUUCCCUGCAACGCUUCAGAGCAGAUUUUGGGUAGUGCAAUGCAUUCAGUCCUUGCUACCAUGGAAAAGAUUUUAUUCCUACUCUGCUUUAUAUUACGUUGCUGUGCUGUAGCACACAUACCGUAUUUUUUGCUCUAUAAGACGCACCAGACCAUAAGACGCACCUAGUUUUUGGAGGAGGAAAACAAGAAAAAAAAUAUUCUGAAUCUCAGAAGCCAGAACAGCAAGAGGGAUGGCUACGCAGCGAAAGCAGCGAUCCCUCUUGCUGUUCUGGCUUCUGGGAUAGCUGCGCAGCCUGCAUUCGCUCCAUAAGAUGCACACACAUUUCCCCUUACUUUUUAAGAGGGAAAAAGUGAGUCUUAUAGAGCAAAAAAUACGGUAUAUGAUACUGUAGCUUUCGUCUUGCAAUGAAUAAUGCUAUAUCUGCACUUUAUGAAAAAGGCAGCCCUCCCAUUAAUUCUUUUUGAUCCCUAACAAAUUAUGAGCAUUUCUCCUUGCCAAAGCUUUGCAAAUCUGCAUGUUAUUCCGUUUCCUCUACCGAUCAGUGUAACGCAUUGCGCGGUAAGAGUAAGCUUGCCAUGAAACACUGGGAGCCUUUUAAAAAAUAUUAAUUAUGGGAGGGGCAUUUUCCUUGUGAUGGCAGGUGGAGAAGGAAGGCUUAAAACUUCCCCUGACUGCAUGCUUCAGUCCUGAUGGCAAUCCAAGAUGUAGUUGCUAUUAUUAUUAUUAUUAUUAUUUAUUAAAUUUCUAUCACACCCUUCAUCCAUAGAUCUUAGUUUGUCUUUGAUGCAACAGAUGGUACGUCUGUAGGCAAGAGGUGAAGGAUCUUGGGAUGGCAUUGUGAGAUCCAACCUCAAAGCAGAUUGUUACAGUCAAUCCCAUCCGAAAACAAGAAAGUGACAUGUUUUCUGCAGGCUCGCAGUCCCUUAAAAAGGAGAAAGACUCUCCUCCCUGGAAGAGAGGGGAGUGGUUGUGGGCGGGAGCCCGAGCACCGCCCCUAGCAGGGGGCGUUAGCCCCCUGCCUCCUCCUCUCACCUGGCUGGCACCCACGCCCCUCGGCAGGCAUCCAACCAGGUGCCUCCGAGGGGGCGUGUACAGCGGCCUUUUGCGGCGGUGCCAGCCUCUCCUCGGCCUCAUUCUACUCCGUCGUCUCGUCGCGAGUCACCCACCCUCCACUCCCUUUUAGCUCAGGGUCUUUGUUCUUUGGCCUUGCUAUGGACCUUAGGUUGGUCGCCCUGGUUGUCCAGGGGGCCUGGUAGGAAUUUUUCCAUUUGGCAUUAGGCUUUUUGGUUUUUUCGCCUACCUCGUAGCAAUCGUCACAACUUUUUGUGGUAUUGGUGGGUAGGUUAGGCACUGGAAUAAUGUGUUGUGGUGUGUCGAAGGGCUAGGUGUGGCCAUCGCCUAUGCCUUCAAUUUUUGGGUAUUCCGUUAAAGGAAUCUGGCGGUCGUGUACUCUGUCCAAUGCCUGCUUGGUGGGAGGCCAUGGCACGACCCCCGGUGACAUCAGGGGAGAGCCUAUAGUUGGAUUUGCAUCAACAGGCUCCACCUACUGGUGAAUAAACCCCCUUGUUUUAGACAUCCAGUGCCUAAGCCAAUACCUUUUCACUGCUGUAAUCAAUAAAGUUGUGGCCUUUUCUUGCCCAUUAACCUUAUAUCACGUGUCCUUGCGUAUUCAUUUCACAUCACGGGGGUCGGGUCCUCGAACCACAAUGUUAGAUUUCUGGCUAUAUGUUUGGAGGCUGGUGCUUCUUACAGAAACCAGGCAUUUUAGGAUUGUCUCAGGAUCAACUUCCGUAGUUCACUAAUGUGGGAAGCAUAAGUGGAAAAGCAAACGAAAUUGUUCAUUUUGAAGGCAAGCAUGUUUCUUAGCAAGCCAUUGAAACAGUGAAACUUCCCCUCCCCCUUCCCGUUUGUUGCAGAACAGUCUUCCAGAUUUAA